AUGGCCACACUUCACGGAUCGAUCCUGGGCCCUUUCCGCCAGUCGUACCGAUACCUGGUACGUCCCGACCACCACCAUCAGGCCUGCGACGCUGCGCUUGCCCUCGAGUCGACACUCGAGUUCGGUGGUGCAAAACGAUGGUUGAUCGCAUGCACUCUCGAGCUGACUCCCAUGUAUCGCACCGUCCUUUGUCGCUGUUCCAUGCCAUGCCAUUCUCUGCAGCAACGAUCGGCUCACGAGCAACCGGUGAUCUUCUACUCGAUCGCGAUUGGCCUUGUUGGUCCGUGACGAGCUACACGCUGGGAGGUCGAACAUGGACGUGGAUAUCCGGGUUCUGAUGUUGGUUAAGAUGCUGGAUCUCUCUUAUACAGGUCCGCUCAUGGUGCUGGUCGUGCCCGAAGUGCGCCGAUCGUGGGGGUGGAGGCCUGCCGAGCGACCACCGACGACUUACCCCUGUAAGAUACAGCAACCGCUCCAGGGCUUACUCUCCUGGCAAGGGUUCGAUCUGAACUGACGUUCGAUUCACUGCAUUGCGCUCUCUUCUUUCUUCUUCGGCGCGCUCUCCUGAACGGACCUGUUCGAAUCUUCUCCUUCUCCUGCGACCGUCGCAACAGUACCGAGUCGGGCACGAGACGCUAGCGUAGAAGGAUUUGAGGAUUAG